GUUUCGAGCGCACUGGUGGUGCCUUCCUUCCUAUGUUUUCUCUCGUUCGCGUGAUUUGUGCGUAUUCCGCAAAUGCUGAUGGAACUGUUCAAAGUUAUUGAUACUUAACUAAUUGUGUUAUUUAUUUGAUGAAAUCCCGACGAAUUAAAUUGCUGUGCGUUCGUGGAGUUAUUUAGAAAUACAUAUUGGAUUCAUUCAUAGCCUAUGGAUCAUAGGUGUGUUGUGUAUACAGUCGACUGCAAAUAGAUUGAUUUGAAGAUUUAAUAUUGGAUGUCUUUAUCAUGUACUCAGUCCAAUGAACAAAAUAAAUAUGACUGACUUUCAGCGAACUCGUAGCAAGGUGUGGUUCCCCAACUUGGACGAUGACGAUGAAGAUAUUCAUCACUCAUGGCGCCGACAACCAUCCUCGUCGCCGGAGAGCAGACGUGUGUCAUCUGGUAGCCCGAGCAAUGGUAGUCACAAAUCGCAGGACUCUGGUUUUUCGGACUCUGAAAGUAGUCCCUUAGGAUCGUCUAAAGCUUUGCCAAAAGAAGAUAAACAACAGAACAGUACGAAUGCAUUUACUGAAAAAUUGCCAGAUGGAGUGCUACCCGAAGCCCCAGUUCCUAGGCUCCCUUCACCUUGCGAACCCCACCCACAAUCACCCAAUCAUUGUAAUUGUUUUCUACCAGCGUGCGAAUUAUCUAGAAAGUUCCGUUCAUUUGACUACGUUACCGCUGAGGAAACGUCUCCAUUCAGGCCAACGACAAAAAGAUAUGAGGAAGAACCACGCACACCCAACCGAACAUGUUUUAUCGUUGAUGAACUACCAAAAACCAGCGUAGUACUACUGUCGACGCCAAGUUCGGUGAAAAGUUUUGACGGACAUUUUGAUCAGUCAGAAAACGUUACCGUUGUAGAAAACAUUAAACAAGACUGCAUCAAAAAUAAUGAGUUGAUUAUCGAUCCACCUACACCGUUUGUCGACGGUCUUAACGAUGCAGACACAGUGAGUCUAUGUGAAUCCGACAGACCGGGUACACCUGAACAUACGUCUACACCGAAAUCAACCAAAAAUAGAUGUUGUACGCCUAGAUUACAUUAUAGAAAAGAUCUACAACUAAGAAAACCAAAACAUUUAAAAGAUAGCUUUAACAGAAUUGAACAUGAAAAUGAAGUGCCCGUUGGUCAGUGGUUAAACGAACUGAGGUUUAGAUGCGAAUCUGAAUGUAUGACUACUCUUCAAUCGAAAUCAAUAGCAACUUCAGAAGAUGCGUGCCGUUUUUCUACAAUUGUUUGCACCGAUUCUGAAGUUGUGCGGGACCUUUAUCAACGUACAAAAAUCAUAUCUGAUGAAUUUAUACAAGUGUACAAUGUUUUGAACAAAUGUCCAAUUGAUAAUUUUGGACCAUCCGUCCAAACAUUAACUGGUUUGUUGUUGGACUUUGUUUGUGAUCACGAGAGUGAACUACCUGAGCAUGGCCAAGAGUUAUGUAUGGACUUGGUUGAUGUUUCCGAGAAACUAAGAAUUCAUGCUAACCGACGUCUAGGCAACAGAAAGAUUAUUCUAAACGACGUGUCCGCACUAGGACAAAUAUUUAGUGAAUUAAUCGACGCUCUAUUAAUGAAAAAAAUACAAUCAUUGGUGAACAUAUUGGAAGAACCAAGCACUGAUAUUGAGCUCGUUAAGACCAUGUCCAGUAUCAACAGCCUAGGAUUGGAAAGUGUUCAUCUUGGUAGUUUGGUAACGAAAUGCAAUGGUGUCCGAUCAUUGUUGACUGUUUGCAUAGAAGCCGUGUCUAGUACAGUCAGAUCAGCUGCUUUGCGCACAUUAGCCAUGGUGUGUUGCUCUUCAGACAGCAUCAGACAAUUCGAAAAGGCCGGUGGUGUAGAGAUAUUAUCCGACAUAUUGGGCAGUAAAAACCGCUCGGAAAAAGAACUUACCGACGCUGUAUCCGUGUUGGCUCAAAUCACCGCUCCUUGGAUCGAAGACAACCACGUCGUCAACGGGCUCAACGAAUACCUGAAUACUAUUAUAUCUUCGUUGACGUAUCUUGUGGAGACUACGCAAUCAUCUGAAACGUUGUUGCUGUCAUCCGCUGCGCUGGCCAACAUCACAUUCAUGGAACCUAAUGCGAUAUGGACAAUAUUGAACAUGGGUACCGCUGGGUCACUGAUUGAAGCGGUCCGGAAAAACGGCACCAAAUCGUCGGUGUUUUUGCAAGAGCAAACAGCCACGCUUUUAGCUAACAUGGCAGCAGUUCCCGAGGCCAGACCACACAUGGCGGCCAACCACGCGGUGAUCGCUUUGUUGUGUUUCUUGCAAGUUCGGCACUCGCCAUUACAACGAGUUCCUGAGAUAUUAGCCGCCGAACGACUACAGCACAAGACUGCCAUCGCCUUGUCCAGACUGUGCAGCGACGUAGAAGUGUCAAAACAAUUCGUAGAACUCGAAGGCGUUAACCGUUUGAUAAGGUUGUGCAAAGACGAGCGAGAACGUAAUCACAGUGACGGUGUUUUGGUGGCGUGCUUAGCCUCGCUGAGAAAAAUUGCAGCAAAUUGUGGCAAAGAAAUAAUGAACCAAUACGAUGCCGCCGAACUGAUUGAACCGAGACUUUUGGACUCAUUCCUUUUGUAUUCAUCAAAACAAGAGAGUUAUGUUUAGAUUUUUUAAUUUUCAAAGAAAAUAUUAAAUUUGCUCGAAUCAUUCUAUUAUACUAAGCAUAACAUUUUUACCUACUUAAUUUAUUCAUACCUAUAAUGCAGUGUAUUAAUAUAACUACGUAUUAAUAUAUGCCUACAUAUUAAUCCGCUAUAGGGUUGGUACUCUCUACCGUGUGUGAAUAAAAAAUUGUUCAACGUAAAUUUCGUAAUACAAACCAUUUGAGUAUGGUAGAUAUUAUAUUAUGAAUAUAUAUAGGUACAUAUAGUACCUAUAGUACUCUAUCUAGUCCGAAUCAUGACAAGUGCCAACGUAGAUGAUGAUAAUAUUUGGAAGGUACUAUAGCAUAAUAUAUGUUAAAUUAUGUCCAUUAUAGCUCUUGUACAAUAUAAUAUUAUGUAUUUUUCUAUUACGGUAUCCUUAUGUUUUUAUAUAAUGUAAACUUUAUUUUAAGUUAAUUACAUUGCAUUUGUAUUACAAACACGGCGUAAUCGUCGUUUUUUUUUUUAUAUUCAUAUUAAAUAUUUAUUUAUAUUAUAAUAUUAUAGAACAUACCUAUAUAAGUAUAAGUACUUAUCGUUUGUAUAAAAAAUCCAAAUGGAAUGCACCCAAGUGUUAUUCUCACUCUAUUAUACCAUUGUUAAUGAUUACUUUUGUGUUUUAUAAUAGAUUUAUUAAAAUAUAUAUAAU